GGCACAGUGAAACAUACUUACCUACCUAGGUACCUUAUAGAUUGUAAUCGGUUCAUAGAGUUGCCAUAACAACUUCCUAGAGUUUUCUUUGAAGUACUGAAGAAGGUAGCAUUCAUUAUGUUAGGUAGUACAUAUUCUUAGAGAAUCAAGUCGUAACUACGGUACCUUCUAUGGAAGACUCGGUUUGCUACUCCUAACCACCAUCUUAUUAUUCCUCGGAAUUUGGGAAUUCAUAAUAGAUUAAGUUGAAAUAUCACAGAACGGCUUAGGUGUAUUAAUACGACGGAAGAGCACACUUAUUAGGCUAUCCUAUUACCAUGUCGCUACACAGGUGGUCUUUACCCAGUAGGGCUUUUUCCCGCGAGAAAUCCAAGGAUAGCGACCCAAACCACCGUACUAGAUUCCCAACCAUACACAUCGGUGACAAUAUCACUCGUCGGCGCGCAAAUAUCUCCUCUGCCUUCGCAAAUCUAUUUGAGAAGGAUGAGAAUUGUCUGAAUACUGCAGAAAAUAGCGGCGCUCGUCUUACUAGCAACGAUUUGCGGCCCCUUUCUUGUAUUGAAAAUAUAACGUCGAGUACUAGGUCUAGAGUGAAAAAGCGCGAUAAUGGAUCUGACCGUAUUGGCAAAGCUACCUUGAAAAUAUCUGGCGUCAUUACUCAUUUUUCCUCUGGGCAAGAGGCAUCGCUACAAGAAACAUCACAAGAGCGCAACACACGCAACCCAUUCGAUGACCACAACCAUGUUAAAUCAUCAGAAGGGGGUACCUCGGAUGAUGAUUCGCCAACUUCACUCACUAGAGUUCGCAGCGCUUCGUCAUCUUACCCGUCUGAAGGUAUCCGUUCUCCGCCGGAGCAUUGCGCUUCGCCACAGUUGAAUACUUGGACAGAAGACUUCAUAGCUGAAAUAUCUCACUACGGCACAUAUCCAUUGGGAAAACCCCCGAGAAAAUCCAGCGCUUCGACCAACGAUGUGUCAAUAUUGAGUAAUAGAACUGGUAAGUGUCUUAUGGAAGAAUUAGCUGCAGCCGGUGGAGUUUCAGAUACCGAUACAAGAACAGCGAGUAGGGAUUAUACUCCGAGACCACCGUUUUCAGAUGUUGCUUCCGCCAGUCGUCCACAAGAACAGCAAGACAAGAACUACGACAGCGAUCACUUUGCCACGGCGAGACAGGAAAUACUGGGUGCAUCACAGAGAGCUAUCUUGUCUGUACUAGAUGGUCAAGGCCCGAGUACCUCAGCUAUCCAUGGCAGCUAUCCUGAACUUGGAUCGCCUCGCACUAGCUCGUCCGACGAGGAAUUUCCAUUUCGGCCGAGUCAUGCAAGUUCUACAGAUCACCUUCGUCGGAGCGCAGAGACAUACAGGACACACUUUGCAAAAAAGAUACACUGGAAGAAUCAAGGUAACACUUAUCAUACUAUGCCAGCGGCUAUUGCGCGAGGCGGUUCCCGACGAGGCCGACUCCCUGAAGUUUCACCUCCCUUGGAAAGUCCGCUGCAACCUGGGUUUCAUUUUAGGGAAUCUAAUGCAUCUUCUACCACUCUAGUUAAACGAAUCCAGAAGUUCAAGUUCAAGAAAUGGAUAAAAAAGGUAUGUAUCAAAACUAAAGUGCGGUUCGAUAACGCUAUAAGCAUAGAAGAAGCUCCACAUGCAUCGGGCAGGCGGAAGUCCAGGUCAUACAGAUCACGGAAGUCAAAAAGGCAUGGUGGCGCCUACAAAACGAAAGCAAAACCGACCAGGAGUCGUUGGAAAUCGUUCAAGACCACGACUAAAACAAAUAAGAGUACUCAGGGGAGAGAGGGGAGAGAGGGGAUAGCACAUCGAUUCAUGAACUCACUUAGACCGAAGCACAGCAUCCAAUUUCCCACACGAGAGAAGUCUAGGGCUGGGCACAGAAGAGUACAAUCCUGUCCACCUUGAGGGUGAUUAAUACAGUAUAAACUUUCAUGUUCCCCGGAGGUGGCUAUAUUGGUGUGGUAUGGUGCUAUCACGAUAGUAUUGUGGAUUGUAUCUGUCUUUGAACCAAAGGGUUCAUGGGGCAGGUUAGGGUCCGUUUACGGGACAUUUUGCUAAGUGUCCUCUAAGCUUGGACUAUGAAGCUUCUCUAUAAACAUCGC